AUGGUGAAGUGUGAUGGUGGUAGCAUUGAAGGAUACACCAAGCGGCGUUUUCCAAUUAUCGACUGGCUACCGGUGUACAAACCAUCGUGGCUACUCCAAGAUAUUCUCGCGGGUAUUACAGUGGGCCUUACAGCCAUCCCCCAAGGAAUAGCAUAUGGUGUGGUAGCUGGCCUCAAUCCUGAGUAUGGGCUCUAUGCGGGGUUCAUGGGCCCUUUUAUUUAUAUUUUAUUCGGGUCAUGUCAUAAUAUAACGAUUGGGCCUACUGCUAUUAUGGCCCUCAUGGUACAGCCUCUUGUCUUGAAUUUUGGACCGGAUAUGGCGGUUCUAAUUUGUUUCCUCAAGGGAUGCAUUAUCGCCGUACUCGGGAUUUUUCAUUUGGGCUUCCUUCUGGACUUCAUCUCCAUACCAGUCAUUACAGGCUUCACCUCCGCAGCGGCAAUUAACAUCGCUUCAUCCCAAUUCAAAUCGCUCCUUGGCAUUCCUGGAAGGAGUGAAGGCCUCGUUGAAGCACUCAAAGGAAUUUUUACCAAUUUAGACAAAAUCAAUGGCUGGGAUAUUCUUCUAGGAGUUAGCACAAUUUCUCUCCUAGUAUUACUCAAGCACAUUCCAUCGAAACGCAGGGGGACACACCUCGAACAGAUGGGAUGGAUCGUGACACUCUCUAGAAAUGCUCUAGUCGUUAUUUUGGGCACCGUCAUGGCAUACCUAUUUCACAUCAACGAUAUGGAGCCCUUUCAUCUCACCGGUUCAAUGGGUAAAGGAUUGCCACCGCUAUCACCACCUCCAUUCUCCACUACCUUCAACAAUAAAACUUACAAUUUCGUGGAGAUGACGACUAAUAUGGGAACCACACUCUUCACUAUUCCAAUUAUUUCCACCAUCGAGCACAUCGCUAUCGCCAAGGCAUUCGCCAUGGGAAAGCCUUUGGAUGCCACCCAGGAGAUGUUGGCCCUUGGGGUUUGUAAUAUAUUCGGAUCAUUCGUCAGAUCAAUGCCAGUGACGGGAUCCUUCACGAGGACAGCUGUGAACCAUGCAUCAGGCGUUAGAACACCACUUGGCGGAUUAUUCACCGGGGCUCUGGUGCUCUUAGCUGCUGGAUUCCUCACUUCCUGCUUCAAAUAUAUUCCCAAAGCUACCUUAGCUGGUGUAAUAAUCUGCGCGAUGUACUACAUGCUCGACUUCAAAGCUUAUCGUCUUCUCUGGCAGGCAAAAAAGGUGGAUUUCAUGACGAUGGUGAUAACUCUCGUCGUUUGUGUCUUCUUGGGUCUUGAAUUGGGAAUUCUUAUUGGAAUCCUGGCAAAUCUCGUUGCUCUACUCUAUUUCUCCGCUCGACCUGAUAUUCUAAUCGCCGUUGAACAAGAGAUUGAAGGGCGUCCUGUUGUUUACGUCACCCCCGAGGAAGCCGUGACUUUUCCAGCGGCAGAAAAUCUUCGUGCAAAUAUAAUGAGGCUUUCGGUGGAGAGCAUCGGUAACGUGAUACUCGACUGCAAGAACUUGAAGAGAAUCGACGUAACCGUUGCCAAGAAUAUAAAACUACUUGCUCAGGACCUGUCGUUACGUGGGCAGGAACUUAUUUAUGUUAAUGCCAUCGAUGAUGUGCACCGGGUACUCAAUACUGUCGCACCAGAAUUGUCAAGCACUUUUAAAAGUACCGUAAAUGCAUGAUUUCACUUGUUGAAUUCUGUCGAUUAUCUGCACUGGAUUUAUAUUUCAUAUCAUUUACUUGUUUCAUGGAGAAACAAGAGUUUUUAAUGCAGAAAAAAUAAUUACGCAAAUUAACACCUCGGGGGAUAAAUCAAAAAAUGAAGAUAAUGUUAAAUUUCACUUAUCUCUGUUGCCAAAUGAAUUUUAAUGUAUCUUGGUAUAUAUCUGCAAUGAAGAGAAUACAAAUUGAAUGCAAAUUCAGUGAGACUGUAUGCAAUGAAUAAUGAAUGAAUAAGAAUAGCUGACAAACAAUGAGAACUAUAAUUAAAAUUUUUCAAUGCCACAAUUGAAAGAAAGAAAAAACAUUUCAACAUCAGGCAAAACUUUAUUUACGUACAUUCUCCAGAUAUUUCCAUAAAUUAGAAUUAAUCUCAGGGAACUGUCAGGUGAUAUCGAAUGUAAAUAUCAAGUUUAAGACAGUCCGAUUGUUUAAACAAUCCAGGUGUUGUGUAAAAAUAAGAAAAAAAAUGGUAAUAAUGCUC